GCAUACAAAUAAAUAGUAGAAAUACUUUUCUCUAACAUAAUAGGAGGAAGAAGCACAGCCAUCAGGUAUUUCCUACACUGAAAUAGAUUAUUUUUCCUCAUUUGUGUGGAAGAAAUUUGCAAGACGAUCUGGGUCUACCCACCUCCCUCAUACCACCUCCACUCCUUAACCCAGUUAUCUUAAAUAUUUUCACUAUGUACAUGUGGGACCAUGUCAAACAGUGCUUCAACUGUCAACUAUCAUUUAGAAGACCGAAGAGGAGAAACUCUGCUGUAUAAGAAUGGCAAAGCAACUGAACCUUCCUGACAAUACAGAUGAGUGGACAAAAGAGGAUGUUAACCAAUGGUUAGAAAGUCAUAAUAUUCACCAAAAACACAGGGAAAUCUUGAUAGCACAAGAUGUGAGUGGAGCAAUCUUGAAAUGGUUAAAUAAAAAACACCUUGUUGAUAUGGGCAUAACACAUGGACCAGCUAUCCAAAUAGAAGAACUAUUCAAAGAAUUGCGGCAAGAAUCCUUUGAAGAUAAUAUUCAAACAUCUAAGAGGAAAAAAAGCAGUAAAAAUGUUCCUGAAAAACAAACUUUGAUGCAAGAAGAAAGUAGAAAAACCCCAAAGCAAAAACAAAAAGAUAAAGAAAACUCAGAUACGGCUAAUGACUCUACCUUGAGUACAGGUUCUAAGUCAUUAAGAAAUAAUCUUACAAAAGAUGAAAUAGAUGACACAAAGGAAAAGCAGCCAUCAAUAGAACUGAUGUGUGCAUCAUACCCUUUUGAUAGAUUCAGUGAUCCAUACCGUUACAAAUUGCAUUUUAAUCUACAGCCUGAAACAGGACCACACAAUCUUAUUGAUCCAAUACAUGAAUUCAAAGCCUUCACAAAUACAGAAACAGCCACAGAAGUGGAUGUCAAGAUGAAAUUUAGCAAUGAAGUUUUCAAAUUUGCUUCGGCCUGUAUGAACUCACGUACCAAUGGCACCAUUCACUUUGGUGUCCAAGACAAACCCCAUGGAAAAAUUGUUGGUGUAAAACUCACCAAUGUCACCAAAGAAGCCCUCAUUGACCACUUUAAUCUGAUGAUACACCAGUAUUUUGAAGACCACCAGGUUCAACAAGCAAAAAAGUGCAUUCGAGAGCCAAGGUUUGUUGAAGUUUUACUGCCAAACAGUACUCUAUCUGACCGAUUUGUUAUUGAAGUGGAUGUCAUUCCACAAUACUCUGAAUGUGCAUAUGAUUAUUUUCAGAUUAAAGUCCAAAAUUACAAAAACAAAAUGUGGGAACAAAGUCCAAAAUUCUCGGUCUUUGUGAGAGAUGGAGCCAGCACUAAGGACAUCAUGAAAAACAAAACUGAUUUCAGAGCAUUUAAAUUAGAUUUAAAACCACUGGCAGAGUCUAGGAAAGAAGCAGAAGAAAAAUUAAGAGUAAAAUCAAACAGAAAAGAGAGUGAGGGCCUGAAGCUGGUUAAACUGUUGACUGGAAAUCAGGAUAUAUUAGAUAAUUCAUAUUAUGACUGGUACAUUCUUGUAACAAAUAAAUGCCACCCAGAUCAAAUAAAACACUUAGAUUUCCUAAAGGAAAUUAAAUUAUUUGCUGUGUUAGACUUCGAUCCUGAAUCAGAGAGCAAUGGAGUAGUCAAAGUUUACAAAGAAAGCCGAGUAGCAAACCUUCACGUUCCAAGUCUGUAUGUAGAAGGGAAAAUCACAACAAAUGAGAAAAUUUCUAGUCUGAAUCUUUACCAGCAACCAAGCUGGAUUUUCUGCAAUGGCAGGUUAGACCUUGACAGUGAAAAAUAUAAACCCUUAGAUCCAAGUUCCUGGCAAAGAGAAAGAGCUUCUGAAGUCAGGAAACUGAUCUCAUUUCUUACACAUGAAGACAUUAUGCCAAGUGGAAAGUUUUUAGUGGUAUUUCUGUUACUUUCCUCUGUGGAUGACCCAAGAGAUCCCCUCAUUGAGACCUUCUGUGCCUUCUACCAAGAUCUCAAAGGCAUGGAAAACAUACUUUGUAUUUGUGUACAAUCGCACAUAUGCCAGGGAUGGAAAGAUCUACUUGAAGCAAGAUUAACAAAACAUCAAGACGAAUUCUCAAACCAAUGUAUUUCUGCUUUAAAUCUGGAAGAGAUAAAUGGCACCAUUCUUAAAUUAAAAUCUGUGACUCAGACUUUAAAGAGAUUUUUGCCCUCUAUUGGUUCAUCUACUGUCCUUCUGAAAAAGGAGGAAGAUAUCAUGACUGCUCUGGAAAUUCUCUGUGAAAACGAAUGUGAAGGUACAAUCUUAGAGAAGGACAAAAGUAAAUUCCUUGAAUUCAAGGCAUCAAAAGAGGAAGAUUUCUAUCGAGGUGGCAAAGUAUCAUGGUGGAACUUCUACUUUUCUUCUGAAAGCUAUUCUUCACCUUUCGUCAAAAGGGAUAAAUAUGAAAGACUUGAAGAAAUGAUUCAAAACUCAGCAGAUUCCUCUAAACCUACAUGUGUCAAAAUUAUUCAUCUGUAUCAUCAUCCGGGCUGUGGAGGAACUACCCUGGCUAUGCAUAUUCUCUGGGAACUAAGAAAGAAAUUCAGAUGUGCUGUGUUGAAAAACAAGACAGUGGAUUUUUCUGAAAUUGGAGAACAGGUGACCAAUUUAAUCACCUACGGGGCAACAAACCAUCAGGAAUACUUACCUGUACUGCUCCUUGUUGAUGAUUUUGAAGAACAAGAUAAUGUCUAUCUUCUGCAGGCCGCUAUUCACACAGCUGUAGCUAAAAAGUACAUUCGAUAUGAUAAACCUCUAGUGAUCAUUCUAAAUUGCAUGAGAUCACAAAACCCUGAAAAAAGUGCAAAGAUCCCAGAUAGCAUUGCCUUAAUACAACAACUAUCUCCCAAAGAACAGAGAGCUUUUGAGCUUAAAUUGAAAGAAAUCAAAGAACAACAUAAAAACUUUGAAGAUUUUUAUUCAUUCAUGAUUAUGAAAACCAAUUUUAAUAAAAAGUACAUAGAAAAUGUAGUCAGGAAUAUCCUAAAAGGACAGAAUAUUUCUACCAAAGAAGGAAAACUCUUUUCUUUUCUGGCUCUUCUUAAUUCAUAUGUGCCUGAUACCACCAUUUCGCUAUCGCAGUGUGAAAAGUUUUUAGGAAUUGCAAACAAGAAGGCAUUCUGGGGAACAGAAAAACUUGAAGACAAAAUGGGCACCUACUCUACAAUUCUGAUCAAAACGGAGGUGGUAGAAUGUGGGAACUACUGUGGAGUGCGCAUCAUUCACCCUUUGAUUGCAGUUCUCUCACUGGAAGAAUUGAAGGAAAGCUAUCACUUGAAUAAAAGUCAAAUUAUGCUUGAUAUGCUAACUGAAAAUUUGUUCUAUGACAGUGGUAUGGGAAAAAGCAAAUUUUUCCAAGAUAUGCAAACACUGCUACUCACUAGGCAGCGUAUUGAACAUGAAGGUGAAACAGGGACUUGGUUUUCCCCAUUCAUUGAAGCAUUGCAUAAAGAUGAAGGAAAUACAGUAGUUGAGGCUGUAUUGCUUGAAGGUACCCGUCGGUUCAACCCAAAUGCAUUCAUUUGCCAAGCCUUGGCAAGACAUUUCUACAUCAAAGAGAAAGAUUUUGACAGUGCUCUAAAGUGGGCACAACAAGCAAAAAUGAUAGAGCCUGACAAUUCUUAUAUCUCAGACACACUGGGUCAAGUUUACAAAAGUAAAAUAAGAUGGUGGAUAGAGGAUAAUGGGAGAAACAGGAACAUUUCAGUUGGUGAUCUAACUAUUCUUUUGGAUUUAGCAGUACAUGCCUCAAAUGCAUUCAAAGAAUCUCAACAGCAAAGUGAAGAUAGAGAAUAUGAAGGGAAGGAAAGGCUAUUUCAAAAGUCAAAAAGGAGGUAUGAUGUGUACAAUAUAGCUGGCUAUCAAGGGGAGAUAGAAGUGGGGCUCUACACAAUCCAGAUUCUCCAGCUCAUUCCUUUUUUUGAUAAUAAAAAUGAACUAGCUAAAAGAGAUAUGGUCAAUUUUAUAUCAGGAAUUAGCGAUAUUCCAGGAGAUUCCAGCAAUGAAUAUAAAUUAGCCCUCGAGGACUUUAUUCCUUAUCUAACUACACUGCAAUCUUCUUUGAAAAAGUCUUUUGAUUUUUUUGAUGAUUACUUUGUCCUUCUAAAACCCAGGAAUAACAUUAAGCAAAACGAAGAGGCCAAAAGUCGGAGAAAAGUAGCUACCUUUUUUAAAAAGUACGUAGAUAUAUUUGGUCCCUUAGCAGAAUCACAAGACAGAGAUCUUGGAUCAAAGCUCAGCUUGCCACUUCAAGUUGAGAGGUGUCGGAGAAGCCUAGAAGCUUUAAAAGCAGACAAGUUUUCUGGGCUCUUGGAAUAUCUUAUCAAAAGUCAAGAAGAUGCUAUAAGCACCAUGGAAGGUAUAGUGAGUAAAUAUACUUUCCUCUUUGAACAGUGUGCUGUUAGAAUCCAGCCAAAAGAAAAGCAAAAUUUCAUACUGGCCAACAUUAUUCUCUCAUGUAUUAAACCUACCUCCAAAUUAGUAAAGCCAAUUAAAAAACUGAAAGAUCAGCUUCGAGAAGUCUUACAACCAAUAGGACUGACUCACCGAUUUUCAGAACCUUAUUUUCUUGCUUCUCUCCUGUUCUGGCCAGAAAAACAACAACUAGAUCAAGAUUCUAAACAAAUGGAGAAGUAUGCUCAAUCACUGGAAAAUUCCUUCAGAGGGCAAUAUAAGCAUAUGUACCGUACAAAGCAACCAAUUGCAUAUUUCUUUCUUGGAAAAGGUAACAACAUGAACAGACUUGUUCACAAAGGAAAAAUAGAUCAGUGCUUUGGAAAGACACCUGAUAUCAAUUCCUUGUGGCAGAGUGGAGAUGUAUGGAAGGAGAAAAAAGUCCAAGAACUUUUGCUUCGUUUGAGAGGACGAGCUGAAAAUAAUUGUUUAUAUAUAGAAUAUGGGAUCAGUGAAAAAAUCACAAUACCCAUCACACCUACAUUCUUGGGCCAACUUAGAAGUGGAAGAAGCAUCGAAAAAGUAUCUUUUUACCUGGGAUUUUCCAUUGGAGGUCCACUUGCUUAUGACAUUGAAGUUGUUUAAGAACCUGGUCUCCUCCCUUCAAGAAUGUGGUCUUAACACUUUUUUUUUUCCCCAAGACCUAUAUUUUAACUGGAAAAUUUUACAGAUACAGCCCCUCGCUUUUCAGCCUUGUGUAUACAAUAAUUAAUUUCUCUUAAACAUGUUACAAGUCCUACAAGACUAUGAUAAAGAAAGAUGAAGUAAGAGAUACAGAAAGUUGCAAUCUCUUUCUUGGUUAGGAUAACAUUAUUAAAAACAAAACAAUACGGAACUAUGGAUGGUAUUAGGAGAGAUGAAUAUAGUCUGUCAGCCACAUAGAAGCCCCUCACUCCCCCCAAUUACCUUACCAAGACAGGGAUUGAAGAAGAUUGUCUACUUUCUUCUCAAUGUGAAAUUGUUUCAGAAUAUAUUUUUUUAAAAAUUAAAAAAAAAAAAGAUAUGCUUGCAAGACAAUAGAGUGC